CUGCUCGACAAGAGCAGCACUGACACCACCCCCGUCAGCCCACAUACAACCCCUACGCACCGCGCGCGCGGCAGCCUCGCGCGCAAUGGCCUGGCUGUCGUCCGGGCGCACCAACACGGAGCUCGUGGACCGUAUGGCGUCCAACGGGCUAAUCACGAGCGACAAGGUCGCGCAGGCAAUGAAGCUCGUAGACAGGAAGCACUACGUCCCGACCCGCUCAGCGGCAUACGACGACUCGCCGCAACGCAUAGGCUUCAACGCGACCAUCUCCGCGCCGCACAUGCACGCUCACGCGUGUGAGAACCUGCUUGCGUAUAUCGAGCGUGCGGACAGGGGCGGGGCGAUACUGGACGUUGGGAGCGGGUCGGGGUAUCUCACGGCCGUGCUCCACCGCCUCGCGCCCUCCGCCACAGUCAUCGGCAUCGACCACAUCCGCGGCCUGACGGACAUGUCGCGGGCCAACUUGGCCAAGGACGGCGUCGCGCUCGGCGUGGCGCACGGGAUCGAUAUUGUUCUGGGCGAUGGGCGGGCCGCACCCUACGCUGCGAUCCAUGUCGGCGCUGCCGCGCCUGCCAUUCCUGAGGCGCUCGUCGCGCAGCUCGCGUCCCCGGGGCGCAUGUUCAUCCCCGUCGGCGUCGGACACCAGGACAUCUGGCAGGUGGACAAGGACGAGCACGGCGCCGUGACGCGCACGAAACUGUUCGGGGUCAUGUACGUCCCGCUUACGGAUCGCGACGCGCAGUGGAGUGAGGAAGAGUAG